CAAACUUCCAUAUUGCACCAUUCAAAAAACGAUGAUGACCAUUGCCGCGGAAACGGUGGAAUUUGGCGACGCGGCAAUUCGGACAAUCAAGACUCGACGGGUCUGCGAGUCUAUUCCGGUGCGCAUGUUAUGGCCCGGUUCCUCGCGUCCACGGAUGGGUUGGCAUUGCUGGACGGGAAACGCGUCGUUGAGGCAACUAUGAACGCGGACAGUCCACGCUAAUGAACUUGUAGUUGGGAUGCGGCACAGGGGUCAUUGGUUGCGUGGCUGCUGUUCAAGGAAACGUGUCGGACUUGGUGCUUACAGACGGCGACGAGCGCGCAUGUGAGUUGGCCCGACGCAACUUGGAUCAUGUGGUGCAUCCCAUCAAGCCCGAGCUCUCCACGGCUUGCCAUCAAUUGUACUGGGGCGCUGCGUAUCCGCCGCCAUCAGACCAUUUCGACGUCGUCUUGGGCUGCGACUUGAUGUACUACCAAACGAGCGUCGAGGAUCUGAUGUGGACGGUCGAGGCGUUGGCGCCGUCUGGCCUGUUUCUGCAUGUACACAUCUUCCGCAAAGACGAACAUGGAGACACCAUGCUGAAAGUACUGGCCACGUCGAACCGAACGACGCUUGUGGUGCCGAUCCCUCAUUUUAUUCCACUCGCCGAAGUGUCCAACUGGCCGUCGUGGCUCAACGUGUGCUGUUUGGUGUCCGGCCCCACAGACCAGAUCGAGGCGCUCCUCAAGUCGCACCCCACUUGGUCUGUCUUUGCCACGGUGGAAGCGACACAGAACGAGAAUUUCCUGGCCACAGAAGACGCCCAUGACGAUCUUGACCAGUACAGUGCACUGCAAUAAACGAUCUGAAACACUGUCACAUUAUUCUAGUGUAUGGAAGCAACUACAUGACACUUUACUACAUAUUAUGUACAUUAUUGAUCUGCGG